AUGACCCGGAGUGGCAAGACUACCGGACCCAACAUAUCGGACCCACCACCGAUCACCGAAGCGGUCCCGACAAGUACAGCACAAGUCCAGGGGCAAGUCAAAGAGUACACUCCUCCAGUUCCAUACCCGGGUCGGCUAAAGAAACAGAAAAACGAAGAACAGUACAGUAAGUUUCUCGAAAUGUUUAAGCAACUGCACAUAAACAUACCGUUUAUUGAAGCCCUGGCCCAGAUGCCGAUAUACGCAAAAUUCUUAAAGGACAUCCUCUCGAAUAAGCAGAAGCUUGAGGAUAUGUCCUGUGUGGUGAUGAACGAAAGAUGCUUUGCAAUUCUUCAAAAUCGUCUGCCCACGAAAAUGGGAGAUCCGGGCAGUUUCACGCUUCCUUGUUUGAUUGGAAAUAUAUCUGUUAGCCAUGCACUGGCUGAUUUGGGAGUGAGUAUCAACCUUAUGCCCUAUAAGGUUUUUACAAAGUUGGAUCUAGGUGAGCCGUCGCCUACACGGAUGAGCAUUCGACUAGCAGAUCGUUCUAUCAAGUAUCCACGUGGAUUUGUGGAGAAUAUGCUUGUUAAGAUUGACAAGUUUGUGUUUCCCAUGGACUUUGUUAUCCUGGAUAUGGAUGAGGACUCUAGGGUGCCGUUGAUUCUCGAACGUCCAUUCUUGAAUACUGCCCGGACCAUUGUAGAUGUAGCUGCGGGCCAGAUUACACUCCGAGUGAAUGAUGAGCAUGUGACCUUUGAUAUCAAGAUGUCCAUGCAGCACCUGUAG